AUGGCGACCAACUCUGGCAACGCGCAUCAGUUGCGUCUCAAAAACCCGACCAUCUUCAUCUGCGACAUGCAAGAAAAGUUCCAGGCCGCCAUUCACGAAUUUGACAAGAUCGUCCUCACCACACAGAAACUCCUCGCCUUCUCCAAGGCCUUCUCCGUCCCCGUCACAACGACCACCCAGACGGCGGCCAAGCUCGGUCCCACCAUCUCUGCCCUGGCCGAGCAGCUCCCGAGCGCGCCGCACGACAAGACAAAGUUCUCCAUGGCCAUACCCAGCGUGCUCGACUCCUUGCCCGCCGAGUCGAGCAUCGCCCUCGUCGGCAUCGAGAGUCACAUCUGCAUCACGCAGACGGCCCUGGAUCUGCGCGACCUGGGUCACAGAGUCUAUGUCAUUGCCGACGCCGUGAGCAGCUGCAACAAGGGCGAGGUCGUCGUUGCGCUCGACAGGCUGCGGGCGGAGAGGGGCGUUACCGUCACGACCAGCGAGAGCUGGAUGUACGAGUGUGUGGGCGAUGCGUCCCACGCUGGCUUCAAGGGGCUCAUUGGCGUCGUCAAGGGGGCGGCUGCUGAUACGCGCACUGCUCUUGGGGCGCUGCCCCCCAAGAUCUAG